AAACUCAUAGCAGUCCAGUUAAUGUUCAAAUGCUGACUCAGCCAAAUCGAAAAAUUAUUAAUCUUGAACAGGGUCUAGUGGACAGAGAAAAACACAAAAUUCUUUUAAAAUUAUGGAAUUGUCUAAUCACAACUUGUGAGUCUGUCAUGAUCGUAACAUGGCAAUUCCAUAGGAUAACGAGGAUAGCAGUAAAUAUUGCUGCUAACUCCGCAAUUAAAGACGAGAGAAAUGUAGUAACUAAUGCAGAUGAAAAGGAGAUCAUAGGUGAACAUGGAUUCGUUUGCAGCCAAGUCAUACUCAUUCUCAUAGAAGGAGUGCCCAAGCCCAUAAGGGAACCAUCUGUAUAA